AUGAAUAACCCUGAAGAGUCUGAAGAUGGGGAGGAACUGCAGACGUUAUGGAGAGCCCAGCCCUCUCUGGAUGAGGAGGAAAACAUUCAUACAUCCACUCUGGUGGAAAUCAGUGAUACAAAGCCACUGAUAACUUCAAGGGAUCCCCGAGGAAUCAAUGACUGCCUCAAGGUAGGGUUUGAGGAUGUGAUAGCUGAGCCGCCAUCAGUGCGUAGCGGGGACAGAGUUUGGAUCUGGAGCAAUGCUCUCUUUGAAGUGUCCAGGGUCUGGAUUUACAGGAUAGUCACCGCUCUUCUGGCCCUUCCCACGUCAGCUAUCUCUGGUCUUUUGUUUGGCCUCCUCAGCUGCUUCCACAUUUGGAUGAUUCGUCCCUGUAUUCACUGUGUCCUCAUCGGAAAUCGCUGGAUACAGAGCUUCUGGGACAUCAUGCUGCAAGUUGUUGUGGUCCCAUUCCUAACAAGUGCAGGAAAAUGUUGUGGGGGUUUAGCUAUACACCUGGCCAAAGAAUGACCCGAGAGACAGACUGGACCUGUUAAUGAUAUGGACAAAGUUCUGUUUAUGUGGACUGAAACAUAAGCAGUACUGACUUUUGACUGUUUAAUAAAAAUAGUAUACA